UUAUUAUUUGGGUUGGGAUACUUUAAAGUGUAAGAGAGUAAGAUAAUACAGGUAGGAGUCUCAUUAGUUAGUGCAAAUUAAAGGAAGUUAAAAAUAAAGAAUGCCAUGUUCAAGAAAAGAAGCAGUUGUUAAGCUCUUCUACAAUGUCACAACCAUUGCAAAGUUCUUCUUUCUCUUCUUCUAUCUCUUCUCUCUCUUUGUCGCAAAGAUCUUCACUUACUUUUUCAGCAGAACAGAAGAUGAUGAUGAAUACGAAGAUGAGAUGUUAUAUGAAGACGAAGACGAAGAAGAAGAGGAAAUAACAACAACAACGGAGGUGGAAGACGAAGAAGAUGAACUAGUACAAGAGUAUAUGCGGUAUUCAUAUGUGGGUGAAGAAGAUCAUCUUGUUGCUCAUGUAGUAAAUGACGGCGAGGCCUUAGUUUUCGUUCCGAAAGAUAGCUUGCAUGAUCAUAGUAACUCCGAUGAGAGCGUAUUUCAAGAUCCUGUUGAAGUUUUUAAGGAAGAGGUGUCCUGUUUUGAGAGCUCGUCUAUUAGCUCUUCAGAAUUCGAUGGUGGUUGUAAUAAUGAUGAUAUUGUUCAGAGCAAUGCUUAUGAGGUUGAAAAUGAAGAUUAUGCAUUAGAUUACGACAAAUCCAAUUAUUUGAAUGAUCAAAUAAUCUCUGGUUUCCGAGAAGAAGAUGAGAGCAACAUCAAAAAUGACCAAAUCUACGAGGACUUUCGUCGAAAAUCUCCAAUUGAGCUUUUGAAAUAUGGCUUCGAGGAGAAUAAUAAUGAUGCCACUGAUAAUAAAAAUCAUGGAGAAAAGAGUGAAGAGAAAAUUGAAGUAGCAAAAAAGGAAGACGCGAAUUUCACAAGGGAUGACAAAUUUCUAAUAUUCGCCCCACCAAAAUCCGAUUCAAAGAAAAUGAACGUAGACAUGGAAAAAGAGAAAGAGAGGAUGUUCGAGGACACGUACACGAUUGGAUCAACCUCUAAGAGUUCCUCCGAAUGGAGAAGUUCAAUAAGGGAUUCGUGUACAGAUGAUCCCUUCUCUUCCUCGUCUAGGAGGAGCUGCCCUAAAUGGGAGUCUUAUGCCGUGUAUCAAAAAUAUGAUGAGGAGAUGAUGUUUCUCGACAGAAUUAGCGCACAAAAGCUUCAUGAAACUGAAUCAUUGAAGUCAUUCCAAGUGGAACCAAGAUCAAUAUCCCAAAGAAUUGUACACAAACUUGGUAACAAGAAGAAGCCAAGUUCAGGCGACGAAAUCUACAAGAACAACCCUUAUAAUGAACUAGAGGUUGCAUAUGUUGCUCAAAUAUGUUUAACGUGGGAGGCGCUUAACUGGAACUACGUAACCUUCAAGCGGAAGCUCGUGUCGAAAACCGAACUAGUAGACCCUGGUUGCCCGGCUUAUAUUGCACAGCAAUUCCAGCAAUUUCAAGUACUUCUUCAAAGGUACAAUGAAAAUGAGCCUUAUCAACGCGGUAAAAGGCCAGAAAUUUAUGCGCGAAUGAGGGGCCAUGCUCCUAAAUUGCUUCAAGUACCUGAAUAUCAUGAUUAUGAAGGAGAAGAAAAGGAAUUAAGUGGAGGAAGAAUAGCAUCAACAUUGUUCCUUGAGAUACUAGAAGAUUCAAUUCAAACAUUUAUGAACUUUCUUAAAGCAGAUAGAGAGAGUCAUUGUCAAGUUAUCACUUCUUUUUUUAAAAUACGUCCAAGAGGAUCAAUCGAUCCUACCGUUCUCAAAGUGUUCAAGAAAUGCAACAAAAAGAAGAAGCUGAAGCUGAAUGAAUUACAACGUUCGUGUAUAUGCUUCAAAAAGAGGAAUCUAACAAGGGAAGAAGAAAUGGAGAUUUUGAUGAGUUUAAUCGAUUUAAAAGUGGUAUCAAGAGUUUUAAGAAUGGCAGAAAUAACACAAGAACAAUUACAUUGGUGUGAAGAUAAGAUGGGCAAAAUAAGAAUUUUUGAAGGGAAGAAAUUACAAAGAGAUUCCUCCCCUCUUUUCUUUCCUGCUCAUUGACCCAAUUUAAAUAAAAUAACAUGCUUUUGCUUUGGUGACUAGACUUUGCAUCUUCAUUGAAUAUAUGAAUAUCCCUUUGGAAGUCCCAUUUGCUUUUGGGUUUAUCAUACAGGUUAUUUACCAUAAAUAAAUUAUGGGGCUGCCAAACACGUUAAACUUUUGACACAUACAUACAAAGACCUGAUCAAGUGUGGCCCGACCCAACCCGAUUUUUGUUUGGCCGGGUUUGAAAAUGCGUUUUUAUGCAUAUUUAGUUGAUUUUUUAGGUCCGACACUCCGACUCGAAAAGCCCGCACGGCCCAACCAUUUUGGACAGGUUUGGACACAAAAAUUCCGGCCCGAAAAGUGGGCAUAAUGUUUUAACUCCAACCUGGCCGGCCCGACGUUUGAUCAGGUCUACAUACAAUAUAGUAAGUUUGGAAAAGCGUUAUCUCCACUGACGUGUGUAAUUGACACACUUAUCUGUAAUCAGUACCCUAUAUAGGUGGAAAUAAAAAUCUAGUUUAACCCCUUGUACUUUCUAAAAAAAUUAUUUUUAGGGUAACGUUAUACUCUGUAUAUAGUCUUUACUAAGAAUAAGCGUUGUAUAAAUUUUCUAGUUUGGC